AUGCGUGCUGCUGCUUACCACGCGGCAGCUCUGCUCCUCCUGCUCUCCUCCCUUCCUGGCUCUCAUUGCGCAUACAGCUUUGUCAAAGCAGAGGGAAAGGACAUCUGCGCCGGUGUCAUACCUGAUUGCGCCAACUCGAAGGAUUGUUCCUCUGCAGCCUACGGGCCGUGCACCGCUGCCUCCCCAGGCCCCUCAGCCUAUGUCACAGUAACCCCCGACUCAAUGGCAUGGAUCUACGAUAUCAACACCUACGCCACCAAUGCCAACCAGGUCAACAUGAUCAAUUCUUUGACGAAUGUCUCCAUCAAUGGGUUUGUUAAGUCUCAAGCGGGCAUCAAAGAAGGAAGUGCAGAGUAUGCAUACAUGAUGGCCGGAGGUCUAGUUGGUAAUACCGUACAAUCCUGCGGCUAUGUCGGCGUGAUUAAUGCGAUCAUGACCAAAGGAAGUAUCAGCACCAAGGUCAUUCCCGUUUCAUGGAAUGCAGCCGACAACCUUCCGUCUGACCACAAAACUUACAAAAACAACGUUGCUUACUGUAUCGCUUCUACGUCCAACGGAGCUUGUACCGGAUCGAAUGUGACAUUCGUAUCCGGCGACAUCGCGUUCAUGGCUUACGGCGGAACGAUGGGUAGCAAUUACGUUGCGGAUCCUAAGGCCACGCAUCUCGGCCUCAGACUGAAGAUGACGGUGGUAGACAAGAGCCAGACUUCGGCGAACAUGACUUUCAACUCCCAAUCGAAGAAGCUGAGCGAGAUGAGCAAGGUCGAGGUCAAUAACAUCACCUUCACUCUAGGCGGCAAGCUCAUCUCCUUGGUUCUCUCGAAGGGUUUCAACUACGCCACUGCUGCUGGCAAUCCUGUAUCUUUAUCCAAGUAUGGAAGCGAUACCGUGAAUAUCAGGGCCAACGCAGUAACGGGAGACGCCAUGUCAGUAUACUUUGACAUUCUUUUCCCUAAGAAAUACUUUCAGACAGCUGGUCAGACGGUCCUCUACGGGUCUGCAGGUGCUCCUACUGGCAGGCGGGCAACAUCCACAACUCCUAGACAGUCUCGGUGGGUUGUCGGGCCUCCUGACGUGCCCAUUGCUCCCGCUCGUAGUUCCGCAGCUGGCACCCCAGCGUUUAUGGCACUCACUCUCAUGGUGACCGCCAUCGCUGCUCUCUUCACGACAAGAGCAUGA